CAUGCGCAGUUAUCAGUUACGUUAGCAACCUCAAAGCAACAACUUUUUACGUGGGACGUCGCGAAAGAAAUACCACUCGUUUAGAAACUGAUUUUGCCGAAAAAUAUGGAUUUGCUUCUAGGGGAAGAGGAAGAAGAUAGGCCUGGCUCAACAAACACCUUUGAUGUAGGCCGAUCUGCAGAUGAAAUAUUCAAUGUAAAUGAUAGUGAAGGAGAAGAUGAAGGAGAAGAUGUAGGCCGAAAAGGAAAGAAUCCCGGUUCACAAAGAAGGACGUUCAUGACGCAACCUCAGCUGAGCGCUAGAGGAGGCACGCGAAAGAAAGGGCGUAGCAAGGCACUGGAGAUGAGACCUCCCUGGGUCAAGCCGUCAACAAAGAGGGCGGUACCAACACCGGAUCUUAUGGUUACUCAUAUCAACCAGACACAUGAUCAGCUUCGUGCACGGGACAUGUCUGCCAUGUUUAACGAAGGUCAGACAUCAGAAGACUGGUUGGCAAACCAUUCUGUAGAACAUUUCAAACUGACUCUCAAGAACCUAUUAACAAAGGGACAAGUUGUCAAACCCAGUGGUAUGAACCAAAGUGGUCCAGCAAGACACCUUCAGUUUGAAGCCAGUGUAGUGAAUGAGUUUGAAUACAAACUUUAUGAAACCAUUGAGAUGUACCACAAUAGGAUUAAAUGGUUAUUGAAAGGCAGCAGAAAGACAUUUGGCAUGGUUAAAGGACGAAGAAUAGCCAUACUUGUAGACAGCUCUGAUGCAAACACAGGCUUUGGAAGAAUAUCAAUCUUCAGACAGGCACUCACAGAGUUGAUUGAUGAACAGCUUCAUGACAGAGAGAUGCUUCAUUUUAUAUCAUUUGGAACCGAAGUAGACUCGCUCUGGGAUAGACCAAGAUUUGUCAACAUCAGAAUGUUGGAUGAAGCCAGGGCGUGGGUCAACCGUAUCCGAGGCAGCGGAGGAUGCAACCUGAUGGCUGCACUGAAGAAAAUCUUCAAAACAAGAGAUAUAGACUCCAUUGUAGUGGUCUUGGGAAGCUGUGCGGACCAAAGUUCUGAUGUCCUGGUGGACUAUGUAUCUCAGACGAUCUGUGGAGGGAGAAUACCCUUGCAUUGUAUAGCAUUUGACUGCAAUAACCAUCUCACAAAUUUAUCUCUGAGAAAGUUAGCAGAAGCAUCGGAUGGACGUUAUCAUGUGUAUUCCUCUGGUGCUGAGGAACAAAUCUAUACAGGCACCGAUAUCACGUUACUACUAAGGGAGAUCAAGAGGGCUCAAGACGUCAUCAACAAGAUCGCUGAGAUGAGGCAAGGCAUGAUGGGAGAUGCGUUAGUAAGCAUACUCAAUGAGAUAUCCCUUGAGGUUCAGAAGUUACCCCAGUCUCGAUUCUUACCCAGACCUCCUAACCAUGCUGGCCCUCUCACCAUCGAUGAACCCGCUUCAUUCAUUCCUAAGGCAUCUCAUGACUGGCUUCUACAGAAUGGACUCAAAGCAAAGAAGCUGACACUAUAUCAGGUACUGGCUCCAAACGCCUUUGCACCUAUUGAGGAAUUCAUCCCAAUAAUCAGGAAAUCUGUACGCUCUCAAACACAUGAAAAAGCGAUGACUCAGUUUGAAUGGCAUGACGGUAGCAUCAAGAACGUCCAUGUGGACCCCACUCUCCUGUAUGAUUACCAGAAGCAGCUUGGUGCUAUGGUCAAACUCUAUGAGAGGAGAAUAGACUGGCUCUCCAAAGAUAGCAGGAGACUCUUUGGAACCAUCAUAGAGAAAAAGGUUGUCAUCUUGAUAGAUCUGUCUCUCUCCAAUGUAAACUACCUAGUCCACAUCCAGCAUUCAGUAAGGUUACUCUUAGAGCAACAGCUCGCAAACAAAGAAGCUUUUAACAUCAUCGGGUUUGGGAGCACAGCUCGUGCAUGGAGACCAUGUAUGCAAGAACCUACAAUAGCGAACCUACAGAAUGCAUGGAAGUGGGUACUGGGCUUAGAAUGUAAUGGAAGCAGAAACUUCCUAGCGGCUCUGAGAAUGGCGCUGGAGAACGAUGAGGACAGAAAACGACAGUCCGUUGUUGGAGGUCUCUACCUCUUCACCAGCGGUAUCCCAGACCAAGCCUCCGAUGUCAUCUGUUCUUUCAUGGAAGAAGCUUCAGCCGGCCAAUCCACCAAGGUUCACUCUGUCCUCUUCAACAUCGAUGACUACGACAACGCCGAAGGCACCAUCCCCGGUCGCUACGCCAACAUCACGCAGACGGCCGAGUGCCUGAGGACGCUGGGCCAUGUGACCGGUGGGCGGUUCCAUUGGUUCCGAGAGACGGGGAUCAUCGAGAGUGACGAUAUCAAGUUGAUUCUGUGUGAAAUGGAUAAAGCAGUCAAUUAUUCCCAAAAAUGUGCAAUGUUGGUGGAAUCUGUAAAAAGGAGAUCACCAAAAUAUGAUAACAAGACAACAGAAGAGACCAAAAUGCUUCCUAUGAGACCUUCCUCUGCAAAGAAAGCUCUAACAGCUCCUAAACACACUGGACUUAGCUUGGCUAGAUUGCAAAUUCAAGACAAUAAAGAAAGAGAGGAAAGAAGAACAACAGCAUGGAGACCAUCUAGUGCAUCUAAGAAAUCAUUAGUGCCUACCCCUCCUGAACCAGUUGUCAACCCACACAGAGCUAACCAUCUGGCCAAGAAUAACAACGAGAAAGAAAAGAAGAAACGUCCUACCAGCGCCAAGAAACAACCCUUCUAUACAGAAAACAAAAAUGAAGUUGGUUCUGUGUACAAGCAGUAUCCCGAAGGAAAGAAAGGAGGGAAGAAGGUGGUUCCUCAUCCUUCUAUACCAGACAGGGAAGACAUUAUGACAUCAAACCUGUGGUUGAAGAAAUAUGGCCUUGGCAAGUUACGGUUGGACCUGACCAAGCUAGUCUCUGGUCCAGACUGUGCCCAUGCAAAGCGUCACAUCAACACACUCAACAAAACUGUAUCUGCAAAGUAUUGCACCAUAUUUCCAAGUGUUAAUAUUAAGGGGAAAGUUAAGCAUCUCCAACUCCAGGCUCAUGAGCUCCUGGAGUACGAGGAGCAGGUGGAGUCGGUGCUCAGGAGGUAUCUGAGAAGGCUCCAAUGGCUCCUGGGUUCCAGCAGGAGAACAUUUGGUACUGUUGUGGAGAAAAGGGUGGUUGUUCUAGUGGAUACGUCUGGUUCAAUGGUAACCCACAUGGAAGACCUGAAGAAAGAUUUAGUCUCGCUGAUUUGGGAUCAGUUCAAGAGAGAGAAUAUCAGCUUCAACAUCAUCCGCUUCUCUGCUGACAUAGAGCCAUGGAGGCCUCAGAUCGUUGAACCUACUGAUACAAACUGCAAUGAUGCAGUGAGAUGGGUUUCAUCCUUUGUACCGGCAGGAAAUACAUGCACCUUAGAAGCUCUCAGUGAGGCAUUCAGAGAGAAGGACGUGGAUGCCAUCUAUCUGCUCACAGAUGGUAAACCGGACAGUAGCACUUCCAAGGUCUUCAGAGAGAUUGCCCAGGUCAACACGGUGCGAGGGGUCAAAGUUCAUACCAUCUCCUUCAACUGCAAUGAUGAGUCUGCUAAUACUUUCCUGCGACAGCUGUCUGCUAUGUGUAGAGGACGCUAUCAUCGUAUAUUUGCUGGGAUGGACGGAGACCUGGCUGUUCAUCGACUUCUUGAGAGUGAUUUCAAGGACACUGAUUAUCCGGUAUUACCUACAUUUGAGAGUGAUGAUCUUCGACUGCUGACUACAGAGAUUGAGCAUGCUAGGCAUUUCUUGGCUCAGUCACGUUCAUUCAGAAAGCUCUUUGGAACUACAGCAAAGCCCCAUGAGAAAGACAAAUCAAGAUAUGAUAGGAUAGCCAACAGCAGUCUGAAGCAGCAGAAAACAUGAAGAAAAUUCC